CUUGCAGGUACUUAUUUGAAUCCCUCAGAAAGAAAUCCUUUAACUUUUCCAAAAUGGGAUUCAGGCAGGAAAUCAAAGAGUUCUAUUAUUUCCAAAGCUAUGCUUAAAUCUCCUCCGAAGACACAGUCCAGUGUAUACAGCCACAAAGUUGCAGAAACUUUGCUUGAUCUUUGGUCAUUGGGCCCAGAAGAGUUUAUCACUACCAACAGACAAAAUACCAAACCAGAUUUUGUUUGCUGUCAGACUGAAGCCUCUGUUGAAACCCUCUACCAAUCUCCAACUUUUCAAACAUUUGAUUCUUUGGGAAACAGCAUAACGAAAACCACAACUCCAGCUUCUUCUCAGCAACUAUUUGAACCUAGUGAAUCUAGCCUGAAAAAUUUCUGCUUCUUCAGGGCAAGCACAGUACAGCCAGCCAGCUUAGGCAGCCAACCAACCCCAAGGCCAGACUCUGCCGGCUCAAUGGGAACAACAUCCUCCUUUUCCACUUUCUCAAUGUCAUCCCCUGAGUCAGCCGUUCCAAACAACACCCCACAGCCUCAUUGUUUUCCUUCCCGUGGACCUUCUUAUUUGCUCACACCACCACCUGGACUGCCUUCUCUUUUCUUUAACGAUCUCAAAGAAAGGAUUGCAAAUUCCUUUUCACCCUGCCAAGUGCCUGAUGUAUUUGAAAAUGCUAACAUCUUAAGUCUUCUUCCAGAUAAUUCAAAAUGCCCGGUCAAAAACAUUGAUAGUUGUAGGCGUAGAACUUGCCGCGCUUAUUCUGAGAAUUGGGAAGACAAUGUGGUGCAUGAUACACCUCAUGCGGCUGCCGCAAUUGAGUCUCCUGCUGCUGAUCUGCCUGGUACACACUUCCUUUGUACGAACACUGAACAAAAAGCCAUGACCCUUUUGGAAGAGAUUAAAAACGCCGUUUGUGGACUUAGAGGGGACUUCUGCAGUAUGGCAAAGGAGCUGCAUACUAUCAGUAGUGAGUUGACAAAUAUGGUGGCUUCCAUGCAAAAUAUGAGCAAAAUCUUGGCAGCUCCCCCAGACUGCUGAAGCUGACCCUGGCACUCACAAUGGCAACUUAAUUAAGGAACCUUGGAUCUGUUAUGUAUCUUGCCUUACUCAUCAGCUUUACAUAAUUCGCUAGAUCUCAUAGUUUAGAGCUGAAGUAAUGUUUUAAUUUAAAGAGAUGUUUUUAUAUAUGUGCACACACAAAUGUGUACCUGUUAUUCUUGUUAUGAAAAAUAAAUUGUUGUUUACAUCUUUGUAUUUUAAAUGUGGUUAAUAUUUUCAUUAGUUAAAAUUGCAGCUUGAUUUAUUGAAUGUUUGAAACCAACGCAUCUGAGUUAAGCACUG